AUGCGUGGAUUCGCAGCCUGGGCUGUCGCGGCGCUGACCGCGGCCUGUGUGUGUAGCGCGACCGAGGAGACGUCAUCGAAUGUGGUGACGCUCACCAAGGAGAACUACAGCCGGUUUGUUGCCGACGAGCCGCUCUCGCUGGUGGAGUUCUAUGCGCCGUGGUGUGGCCACUGCCAGGCACUCGCGCCCCAGUACGAGGAGGCCGCCACGGAGCUGCUCAAGAGCGACAUCAAGCUCGCCAAGGUCGACUGCACGGUGGAGGAGGCCCUGUGCAGCGACAAUGAGGUGACGGGCUUCCCUACGCUCAAGGUGUUCCGCCACGGCCAGGCGUCACCGUAUGGCGGCCCCCGCAAGUCGGAUGGUAUUGUGAGCUACAUGGCCAAGCAGAAGCUGCCUGCCGUGUCGCCCGUGACAACUGAGAACCUGGAGGAGUUCAAGUCGAAGGACAAGUUUGUGCUGGUCGCGUUCUGCGACGAGCAGGAUGAGACGUCGAACAAGGAGCUGAAGGCGUUCGCAGAGGCGAACCGCGACGCGCUCGUGGUGGGUGUGUCGCACAGCGAGGCGCUCGCGGUCGAGGUUGGCGUGAAGAUGCCGGCGGCUGUGGCGUUCCGCGCGUUUGACGAGCCGAAGGUCGUGCUGCAGGCGUCGGGUGCGCUCUCGCACACCGAGCUGCAGCAGUUCUACGACCUCGAGUCGUUGCCUCUGCUCGAUGAGGUGAGCGCGGAGAACUUUAUGAAGUACGCGAUGAGCGGCCUGCCGCUGGCGUACUACUUUGUCGACCCCGAGUCGCCGACGCGCGAGGCGGAGAUCCAGAAGCUGACGGACGUCGCGAAGGCGUUCCGUGGCAAGGUGAACAUGGUGUCGAUUGAUGCGAUCAAGUUCCGCUCGCACGCCAAGGCGCUGAACCUGCCGGGCGAGACGUGGCCCGCGUUUGCCGUGCAGAACAUGGAGUCGGGCGCCAAGUACCCGCUGAGCGACCUGGGCCAGGACCUUGCGGCGAGCGUGCGCGACUUCCUGACUCAGUUUGUCGAUGGCAAGCUGCAGCCUAGCCUCAAGAGCGGCGCGAUCCCCGAGCAGACGUCGCCGGUCGUGUCGGUCGUCACGGACGAGUUUGACAAGUGGGUGUUUGACGACGCCAAGGACGUGCUGCUGGAGCUGUACGCGCCGUGGUGCGGUCACUGCAAGCGCCUGGCGCCUACGUACGAGAAGCUCGCGGAGCUGUACCGCAACGACGCGGACGCGGCGAAGCUUGUGACGAUCGCCAAGAUGGACGGCACGGAGAACGACAUCCCGCCGAACGCCGACAUCACGCUGAUGGGCUUCCCGACGAUCCUGCUCAAGCCGGCGGGUGCGGGCGCACGCGAGUUUGUCAAGUACGAGGGCGACCGCACGAUCGAGUCGCUGAUCGACUUUGUUGCCACGAAGGGCACGCACAAGGCGAGCGUCACGGUGGCAGCGCCGGCAGAGACGUCGGCGUCGGUGUCAGAGUCCGCGACGUCGACGCCAGCGGCGACGGCGACGGCGAGUGCGGACGCCACGAAGCACGACGAGCUGUAA